AUGGCAGAAACAGAAACCCCUGCGUUCCAAAUCAUUGUCCUGGGCCCCAAUGGCGGUCCCCGAGAAGACAGCGUGACUGGCGUUCUUGUGCGAUCAACAUCCAUGAAUUGGUCCCCCGGUUCACUAGUGGCCGUAGAUGCGGGGACACUGCUUGCGGGGAUCAUUCGCAUACUGAAGCUCUUCCUACCGGAUUCCAAAGAUGAGGAGGGAUUCAUGACAGCUGGGCCUUUUAAAGGUCUACAUCUGCCCGCCCAAAGCGCAGAAGCCAAUGCUGCACAUAUUUUCCGGGAGAUCAUCGGCGCCGUCUUGAUCACACACCCUCAUCUGGACCACAUCUCGGGUUUGGCGAUCAACACGCCGAUCUUGGAGGCGGGAAGUGGACCCAAACCUGUUGCGGCUCUGCCAUCAGUCCUAUCUGCAAUCAAAAACCACAUGUUCAACGACAUUAUCUGGCCAAAUCUGUCAGAUGAGGAUGGUGGUGCUGGGUUACUCACGUACCAACGAUUGGUAGAGGGUGGAAACACUAGGUUCGGCAGCGGUGAGAGCAGGGGUUACGUUCGUGCUUGCAACGGCAUCUUGACCAAGUGUCUCGCUGUCAGUCAUGGUCGUUGCAAGCAGCGAUAUCAUCCCGAGUCCGCUACACAUCAUAGGAUUGGCAGCGCUGUAUUUCCAUCGGAGCAAUUCAUGCUACCGUCGCGGGCGGUUUCUAUGGAUCAUACUGAUGCAAGUUUCUACUCCCCAGCUCGAUCACCACGCCUACUCCCGGCCAAUUCCAAAGAACCUAUUAUGGCCACAGUUGAAAGCUCUGCAUUCUUCCUCCGCGACCACCGCACUGGUAAAGAGAUUAUCAUAUUCGGAGAUCUCGAGCCGGACACGAUCUCCCUCGAACCACGCAACAAACGCGUGUGGGAGACUGCUGCUCCUAAAAUUCACGCAGGCACCCUGCGGGCCAUUUUCAUUGAAUGCUCCUUCACUGAUAGUAUCGAUGAUGCGUAUCUCUAUGGUCACCUAUGCCCUCGACACAUGGUAGCCGAACUAAGUGCACUCGCCUCAACGGUGAUGGCACUUCGUGAGCCAGGACCGCUGCCCGACAAAAAGCGCAAACGACCCAAUACCGGCUUUGGCGACGGUACAGGCAGCCCAGUCAGUCCGCGAACCAAGCGGGGCUCCAACCCGCCGAGCGAGAAAGACCAAAAACUGGAACCUCGCUCGGGGGAUUUUUCCGUCCCAGAUCUGUCUGACAGCUUUGCUGAUGGUACCGAUAGUAAGGAUGUCGAUGUGUCUAAUAUCGCAAGCUGGGCGGAUGCUGAUCCCUUGCCGCUGACUGGUCUGUCUGUUUACAUUAUUCAUAUCAAGGAGAAUCUUACCGAUGGACCAUCCCCCGAGGAACAAAUUCUUAGAGAACUUCAGGCGCAUGCCAAGGAGGCGCAUCUGGGUUGUGAAUUCUUCCUUCCAGACCCGACUGAGGGGAUCUGGGUUUGA